UCGCUGUUUUGGAGCCCCUCGAUGACAUAUUUCACUGAUAAAUCAUGACUGCAACAGGAAUCCAAGCCUUCCCUCACAGAUCUCCCACUAGAAAAAGAAUGUGUGAUCUCCACCGCUACACAAUAUUUAAACUUCUACCGUUGAAAAGAAUAGAACAAGUUGCUAUUACCAAGAAUUGUAUAUAUAACUAGGAAAGAAGGGCAUUGAGGUGAAAUCACCAUCAGACUUGUUCUUUUCUGCACCUCCAAUCUAUCUACAGACACAUAGACCAAUAGGAUUUAACCCCUCUACUCUCCGCUGUCCUUGCUCACUUCUAAAUUUGAGAAAGGUUGAGAGCAGUUAAGAUGGUCAAUCUUAGAAGUCCUAGAUUCCUAGUCCUAUAUGCAUUUCAGUUUCUUGUGCUGGUGCAAAUCCAAGUCUCCUGUUACCAGUACAAGGUUGGAGAUUUAGAUGCUUGGGGUAUCCCUACUUCAGCAAAUCCGCAAGUGUACACCUACUGGUCCAAAUACCAUACCUUGAAGAUUGGGGAUUCUCUCUUGUUCUUGUAUCCACCAAGUCAAGAUUCUGUGAUUCAAGUCACACGAGAAAACUACAACUCCUGCAACCUGACAGAUCCCAUCUUGUACAUGAACAAUGGCAACUCUUUAUUUAACAUCACUGCAUAUGGGGACUUCUACUUCACGAGCGGAGUUCAAGGGCAUUGUCAAAAGAAGCAGAAGCUACACAUAUCUGUGCCUGGCAAUGGUUCAGCAUCAGCAUACUCUCCCUCUUAUGGUCCUAGUGCAUUGCCUGACUCCGCACCCUCUUACCCUACCGUGUUUGGCAGUAUCCCAUUACCACCUUCUUCUUCACCAUUAAACAGAUUUUCAAUCUUGUUAUCAUUCAUUAUAGGAGCAGGUAUUUGGGCAAUAAUCAUGUGAAGGAAAUUAUUACAAGAACCCAGAUGAGGAUUUAGUAAUUGGUUUAUUAUUAUUUUUUCACUUUGGCAAUUAUUUAUUUACUUCACUGGCUUAAAAGCUCCUUCAUAUCAGUUCAUAUAUAAAAAUUUGGUUUUUGUAA